AUGGUGUCUGAUGGAGCGGAGCCGUCGACAAGAGUGGUGAAGACACGAGGGGAAAAAAAAAUUAAACCGUUCCAGAGCCUUGGAUUUGUGUUGGCUCCGGAUCCAGCGCAGCGAGCGAGUAUUCACACCUACCUGUUGGAACGGAAACCUUCUUUCAUCGUUCUAAUUGGCCACCGGCGUGUUAUGGGUACGUCGCAAAAUGCUAUGCCCUUCAAAAAGGUGUCCCCCAUCCUGCCCUCUGUCCGGAUAGGCCAAUGGAGACAAACCACAGUUGCUGACCCCGUCCAAAAUAUGUCGUCAAGUGUGCCGAAUUGUUUACCAGGGCGACCCAAGGCCCUUUGUAGCGAGCUGCGCAGCCCAAUAACCAUAGAGGGUCUGCGUGUUUCCCCAACUGAGCCAACAGCCGAAGGUCGAGAUCGUGUUCGAUCACCGCUGCAGCUGCAUGCGCCAGUGCCCCUCUUUUUAUGGAAUGCGCUGUUCUGCUGGACGGGGGGGGUCGGUUUUCCACGCCUGUUGUAG